AUGGAGUUCGCUACAGGCGACCCUCCGCCACCCUCAGCUUCCGACCACCGCCGACUCCGCCGAAUGAUAUCGAACCGGGAAUCCGCCCGCCGUUCCCGAAUUCGAAAGCAGCGUCACCUCGAAGACCUCCGUAGCCGAGUCGGCCGCCUCCGUCUCGAGAAUCAUGCUAUCUCGGACAGAAUUUCCACCAUCUCCUGCAGCUCUGUCGUCCUCGCCCACCAGAACGAGCUUCUCCGUUCAGAGAUCACCGCACUCAACCGUCGCCUUUCCGACAUCCGCCGCAUCCUAUUUCUCCGGCAACUCCACCGCCUCUCAUCGCCACUCCCACCACCACCGCCAGCCACAUCUCCGUCUCCAGAUUCCGCCGCUGAAGCGGGCGGUCUGGUCGCCGGCAAAGAACCGAUCAUGGCUUCUUUCUCUUAG